UGGGACGUCACGGUUCGCUGUUUCUUGGUUCACACUGUCUGUUGUAUUAGUUCUGUGGGUGCUGGGGUCAGCCGAGUGAUUUAUUCUCGAGCAUUCGGUCCAGAUGAAAGUACUGUGUCGGUCCAGAACAGAGAGUUCGGCCCGGAGGAGAGAAGACCUCUGCAGCGAGAGAAGCUAGCGGUGCUAGCCAGGCAGGUCCGAAGUGCCGUGUCUCUGUCCCAGGAGGCUUCAGGGAAACUGGUGGUAGAGAUGGUGCCAGGUGAGGAGGGGGCCGCCCUGCAGGAGGCUGACAGUGGAGUCCUGCGCCUAAGAGCAGGAGACCUGUUCUGUGAUGAACUCAGCGUGCUGUGGCUCGGUAUCAGCAGUUUGGUGUUUAAAAUGGCGUACGAGCCCCACGACAACCUCAUUCUGGCUGAGACAACUCUGUGCGUUGUGGCCCAAUUCAUGGCUAAGAUCUCACAGUUCAUGAGUGAACUAUCUUCUUUCACAGGCUAUGCCAUCAAAUCUUCACAGGUGCAACUGAAUCCAACAGUCCACGUAACACUGAAUUGA